GCACAGGACAAAAGUUUAGAGCAGCGAUAUGUAGACGAACAGACGGCGCACUUUUUCCUCACCGAGUUUUUUGUUUGGCCGUGCGACCCGCCGAGUCCUUUUAAUUGCGCGUAAAAAAAAAGUGAGAUAGGCUGUUCUGAGGGGAACAUAAGGAGGCGACGGAGGCGCUUCAGCCAGGAAAGAAGAAGUGCCGUGAGAAAAAGAAACCGUUUCUCUCUCUCUCUCUCUCUCUGUCUCUCCAUCACACACCACCAACACCACCACCACAGCCGCGCCCGGAUCACAUCCUUACAGCACAGCGCUCUCCCUGCUCCCCUGCUAUAGCAUGGCCAGUUCGAGUAAAGCGACUUUAAUCUUGCUCAUCUACGGAAUCUUAAUGCACUACAGCGUCUUCUGCACACAUAUCGGACUAAGUUACCCUAAGAUUAGACUUGACAACGACGCCUUCGACGAGGAUGGGAAUUCAUUAUCCGACAUGGGUUUUGAUAGCGAUCAGAUUGCUAUAAGAAGCCCGCCAUCCUUAAACGACGACGCGUACACCCUCUACUUCCCACCAGAGAAGAGAACAGAAAGGCAUGCUGAGGAAGAAUUAGAUAGAGCCUUGAGGGAGAUCCUGGGUCAGUUAACAGCGAGACAUUAUCUGCAUUCUCUGAUGACAAUUCGUGCAGGUGACGACAACAGCAUGGAGGAAGAGUCAGAGCCCCUAUCCAAAAGACAUUCAGAUGGGAUCUUCACCGACAGCUACAGUCGCUAUAGAAAGCAGAUGGCCGUGCAGAAAUACCUGGCAGCGGUCCUGGGAAGAAGGUACAGACAGAGAGUUAGGAACAAAGGACGUCGACUUGCCGAUUUGUAGCGUUGUCAAAGCGCCCAAACUGCCCUCCUGUGUAUAUACAUCCAGUCGUUAAAUCAAAGUCAUUCAGAUAUAUCUGACCAACCAGUGGAUUGCGCCUGUGUUCUUUCAACAUGUAUUUAUGUAUGAAGUAAAGCCAUUAAAAUGAAUAUUUUAAUAAUAAUAUCGGUUUUUUUUUGUUUUUGUACAAAAGCACUUGAUACCGCACAGUUAUACUUUGUGGACCAAUAUUUUAUUUUCAUGUUAAGAUGUUGAGAAAAACGAAAACAAAAUGACUUUAAAAAAAAAAGAAAAAAAAAGAAGAAGAAUAAAUCAGAAAAAAAAAGAAGAUAAUUGUGCACCUUCAACGUUAUGCGCUUGAAAUCUUUAAAGGUCAUCUACAUAUGCAGAAAAUAAAUAGAUUUUGAAAAGACAAUCAAAGUAUUGAAUGUUAUACUUAUUUUUGUAACCAACGUUCUAUUUUUUUAGUGUUGUUUGUUUUUCCAAACAGGCCCAAAGAAGCAGUGAGCAUGCUAUGUGAGGCAUAUCCGGCUUAUCCUAAAUGAUAGAUGUUGCCCUUGUCCGCCCUCCUCGCUCCCUUAACGGGAGCUCUGUGGGUUUGUAUAGCUUGCUGCCCCCCCACCCACCCCCUCCAGGGGAAUUCAGAUGGCUUCUGUCUUACAGCCUCCCAUUUGAUGAAUACCUUGAUCGACUCACACGGUCAUUCAUGGAACUAGUGGUUAAAGAAAAAAGAGAGAAAAAAAGGAAAAAAAGAUGUCCAACCUUCUUUUAAAGACACAAAAAACAAAUUCAAUUGUGGGCUUUUUGCAAGGGCAUCACUGCCUUUAUUAAGAUGAAGGAAGCACCUCAGCAGUAUGCGGCAAACACUGCUUGCUCACUUGCCUCAAAGUCAUUUACUGCAGGAGAUGAAACGUGCUCCGCAGGAUUGUGUAAAGAUUGUCCCACAUGUGUGUUAUUAUGUACAGUAUAGAAAAAUGACGCAGUGCACAUAUUCAUCUCCAUGUUGUCAGUCAACAGAGUUACUUUGGAAGGGAACGUGCUUCAACUGUUGAUUGCACUUGGGGCGGCACUACAAAUGCCCCUAGAGGACCCAGUAACAUGUAAGAUGCAGGGCAUGAGGCACCGGCAGAGAGGAGAAAGGUAGCACCUAGGAACAUUUAUCUCGUCUCUUGUUCAUUGGCGCAUGCGGAAAAAAAAACAAAAACAAACAAACAAAAAAACCCCCACCUUUGCUAAUUUUGCCCAGAAAAACUGCAUGCCAUAGUGCUUUUUUUUCUUUCAUUCUUCUUUUUUUUUUCUUUUUUUUUUUUGGACUGUGCUAUUUGGGAGGUGGGCUGUGCUUAGAGCUUAUUUCAGCACCACCCCCCCACCCCGCCCCCCCACCCUCAGAUGUGUUGGGAAUGUGAACAAGGAGGGCUAGAGGUGGUGGGAACCGGUAUUGCACUGACUUGUUGAUUGCUUUAUUCUUUUUUUUUUUUUUUUUUUUUUUUUACCUUCCCUGCUGCUGUCAUUGUGGAUAUCAUAAGUCAGGACACUGGACUCCCCCUCCCCCCCCCCCCCACUCCUUCUUUUUGCUUAUCGUCUUUUCUGUCCUGGUAGCCAUUUUUGUAGGGAUCCUUAUGCUUUCUAGAUCGCCGUGCUGAAUAGUUGAUUCGACAGUGCUGUGGUUCGUUGUUGAGCUGACCUGUGUUCAUGUGCAGUGAGGAUGUGCUUAGAUGUGUAGAGAUGAGGAGAGUGUGCAGGAGCUGGAGACAAAGACAGAUCAAGUGUGUAUGUGUGUGUGUGUGUGUGUGUGUGUGUGUGAGAGAGAGGGGAAACGUUACGCAAGAGACAGGUUACAGCACCUACAAGCCCUGGAUGUUGAAAACAAAACAAGCCUGCCAUAGUGAGAUCAGGGUCAAUGAGUCUGAUGGAGGAUAUCAGACGUUGAAUUCCCUCCGCUUUGGUGUCAGCAGACGGAUUAAGAGCGAGCAGAGCUGGACGGGGUCCACUCUGAGGCUCCCCCUCCUCCAGCAGGGGGAAUCUUCCCACUGACUUUUAUUAGAGACAUAUCCUGCGUAUUUAUUCAAUCUUAUGCAAAUGCAGCUUUAUGCGCCCCUGCAAUCCAAUCAGUGGCCUGCUCACCCCCCCAAAACCCCCUUCAUAGAAACACUCCUUCUUCGAUUCGGCUUCAUCCUACAGGCUUCGUGUGAAUGUGUGCGGAUGUUUGCAUAUCAGAAUGCAUUUGUGUUUAUGCCUGAGUGUGUGUGUAUGUGUGCAAGUGUGGUGUGUGAACGAGAGGCUGAGUGAGCGUGGAGGUGGAAACAGCUUUUUGGCUUUGGUGCCUUGCUUCGACGUGAGAAUAUAUAUAUAAAAAAAACAAAAACAUUUAAAUAUAUUUCAAAAAUUCGCCACAAGUGACAGAUGGCAAUUUUAGUGGCCCUACGAUGCUGCAGUCCAUUAGCUUACAAUGAAACUUCCUUUUACUCCGUUUUUUUUUUUUUUUUUUGUUAAAUCGCUCGGCUUAGUCUGCCCCAAGAGUAGUAGAAUUAGGCUUUCUUUUUAAAAGCAUGGCCAACGAUCCAUUGAGUGGAAAACAUUGAAAAAAUCUUAAAAAAAAAAAAAAAAAAAAGAAUAGAUCGUAUAUGUUGAUGGAGCAGGCGAUGUGUGUGUGGUGUGUGUACGUGUGCGUGUGCAUGAGUUUUGGGGUGUUCAGUGUCUGUGAGAGUUGUGAACAAUGACCAGUGUUUGUUACUGUUGACUAUAAGGUGUUGUUGAUUAUUUUGAAUAUUGGUCAGUAAAUUUAUUAACCAGAAAAAAAAAA